AUGCCACCGGCCCCCGCGUUGUUCGUGCCCUGGGUCGUCCUCGGCAGCGGUGGCGGCGGCGAGGCGCCGGCCUCAGCGGCGUCCAUCGAGGCUCUGCCCACGGUGGAGGUGUCAGAGCCCGGCGCGGUCUGCGCCAUCUGCAAGGACGACCUCCCGCUCGCGGCCGCCGCGCGGAGGCUCCCGUGCGGCCACCUGUACCACUCCUCCUGCAUCGUGCCGUGGCUGGAGGUGCACAACUCCUGCCCCAUCUGCCGCUGCCGCCUCCCCUCCGACCACACCGAGCCUGCAGCAGGGGAGGAGGUGGCGCCGGCGGUGUCGGAGCAGGACCCGCCGCCGCCCGCUGCUCGCACUGAUCUGCAGCUCCCCGCGCAGGCUGUCAGUGUCAGUGGGGAAGGAGAAGAGACGAUUGUGCCGUCCGUUUGA